GUAAAAUCAUAGUUAAGAGAGUUUCACCUUUUAUGCUCUAUUUCACAGUGCAACUCUUUCUCACUCUCCAAGCGGAGGUCUUCCUCAGUCAUCGUCCACCUGAAAGGGGCUGAAAACUACUCAAGUCACUCCCUCACAUCCAACGCCAACAAAGGCAGGCGCUCCUCUCCUCUCCUCCCCGCCUGGAACUGAGUCACAACCCAACGGCCUUCCUCACUCUUUCUCCUUCUCCGCCAUUGGUGUAAAGAGUUAAGGACCAAGAACACUAAUUCGAUUAGGGUUCUUUUGCAACUCAGACAGUGAGUAAGUUUAAGAGGGGCAAGUACAAUGGAUUUCUUUGGGGACAUGGAAAACCAAGGUUCUACAAUGGCAAUGGAUGUCGACGAUGUUGAUCAACUUGAAAUUCUAGGUGAGAGUGUCAUUGCUGACAAUAAGCUCACUGAUGCCGACUUCUUCAACUCUUUUGAAGAUGACUUCGAUGAUUCCAACAUCAAUUGAGUCGAGCAACAUGUUCAUCAAUCACAACCCACCCACCAACCCGCCAUUUGUUUUCAAUGUUAGUUUGUAGGGGUUAGUUAUGUGGAUUGGAUUUGAUCGGAUCAGAUGGGCUCAGCUCAAUCAAGAAAGGCACUGCAAUCAAAAUGGUUUUAUGGGAAUUCAGUUUGCUUUGAGUGACUAUACUUUGAUUUCGAUUGAUCUAUUUUGUUCAACUCGAUUCUUGGCUUUCUUUUUCUAAUUUGUGCUUUGCUCUGUUUUUGGAGUGGUAAAAUAUUAUGGUAUGAUAAAUCUUCUGUUACUUUCUUGAAUUGUGAGAUCUUUGGGUUUGUAUGAAAUGCUAGUUUCUCUGUUUGUUUCUUA